UAAUGCCAAUUAAAUGUUCCAGUCUCUGUAAUAGGAUGUGCUGGUCAAUGGUGUCAAAAUUAUCAGAGUAUCAAGUAUUGCUUGUGUAGCCAAAGCCUGAUAAAGCUUAUUCCUCUGUGCUAUAGACCCCCAUUGUUGUCAUGUUUUUGCCAACAUGUCAUGUCAUGUUGUCAAAUGCAAUAAAAACUAUACAAACAUAGAUGCUCCAUAGACUUCCACUAGAAAGCUUUCUCAGAAUCCUGUGAGUAGAUUGCAUAAAUGAAAUAAAUUCAUUGGAUCGAAAAUGUUUUUUUUAUCUGAUGCUUACACACAGUAGACUCAAGGGAUCAGAUCCUGACAUGCACACAAAGGACUGCCAUAAAGUUAACGCCUCUCAUCAUCAGACAGAGAGAGUGAAGAGCUCACCUCCGUGCUGAUGUGCAGUACUGUUCUCUACAUUAAGUAUUGUGCUUUGGACAGCAUAAACUCAACAAAAAAAAAUAAAUGGAGUUUUUCAACUCAGCUUUUGGGAAAAACAUCACUUUUGUGCGACCUGCAUAUUUCAUAAUAAGUGGAUUUACCGGCAUACCUAAUAUAAAAUAUUAUUAUAUCUUUCUCUUUUUUGUUUAUAUCAUUGCAGUGCUGGGAAACACAAUUGUGAUGGCUGUAAUAAUCUUGGAUCAUAAUCUGAGAACUCCAAAAUAUGCUGCAGUUUUUAACCUGGCGUUUGUGGACUUGUUUGGUAGCUCGGCUUUGGUGCCGAAGGUUCUUGACAUCUUUCUGUUUAACCACCACUACGUUCCUUACUACAGCUGCUUGGUAAUGCUUUUUUUCUGCUACACCUGCCUUUCAAUGCAGUCUCUUAAUCUGGUUAUACUUUGCUAUGACAGACUGGUGGCUAUCACUUACCCACUACACUACCAAACAAAGAUAACCAAGAGGUUCAUGUUAAAUUUAAUUGCCUCUGUUUGGGUCUUUGUCAUUAUUGCUGUACUUAUUGCAGUUGGCCUUCUUACAAGACUUUCCUAUUGUAGGUCUGUGGUUGUUAAAAGCUAUUUCUGUGACCAUGGCCAGAUAUACAAACUUGCCUGCAAUGAUGUAACUCCAAACGUUGCCAUUGCCGGUUUGUUUCCAUUUCUUCUUCUUUGGCUUCCACUGACAUUUAUCUUGGUAAGUUAUUCAUUUAUUGGCCAUGCACUGUCUAAAGUAGCCACAAACAAUGAAAGAGUGAAAGCCUUUAAAACCUGCACAGCUCAUCUUUCAUUAGUGGCAAUCUAUUUUCUGCCAAUACUAAUCACAUUUACUAUGAGUUCAAAAAUUAAUACAAAUGCCAGGAUCAUAAACCUGUCAUUGUCCUCUGUCUUUCCUCCCAUGUUGAAUCCAGUCGUUUAUGUUCUGCAAACACAACAAAUCAAAGAAUCUGUAAAAAAAAUAUUGAAAAUCAGAAGGCAAUCCAAAAUUACUGUGUAGAAAGUAAUCAUACUAUGACCAUUUGUGUAUAUUUUUGGUCUUGUGUUUAGGGCAUUAUGUACGUUAAAGUAAAAUACUAAAGACUAUUGUAAAUACAAGAUACUCCACAAACAAACAUCCCACAAAUGUGUUCAGAAAGAAUUCAUUAUGUCUCUGCAUAUGUUGUCUUAAUGAAGUCCACUGUAUAUCUGAAAAUUGCUUUUCUUUUCAUAAUCAUCGUUUAGUACAAAAUCUGAAACAUACAAAGAAGCUGAUGUUUGUAUUUCCUAAAUUAAUGAUUAGACAGGAAGGAUUUAUUGUGAUGAAAUGUUUAAUGUUUUUCUGUACCAUGGUUGAGUGUACUCGCUACAUCUUAAAAUAAUUUUGAAUGAAUUUAAUGUCUUAUAGUUGCAUUUUGGAAAGAACAGAAAGAGAGCCUCCUUGUUUUCUUGUGUGCUUCUCUUGUCUGUAUUAAUAUACUGUUUUUGCAAACUCAACACUGCUUCACAUCAAAUCCCUCCUGUCAUUCAGAGACAUACUGACAUUUCUUCGCUGGAAGAAUUUAACUGUGAAGUUACUAGAACUGUGAGUUGAUCUGCUCUGUUUUUAUCCCCAUGUUUGAUUUUUUUUUAGAUUUUGUAAGAUAAAAAAAGCUAAAUUGCCGAAAUGUUUUGAUGUGUUUAUUAGGUUGAGUGGUUGAUGAGUGAGGUUGAUAUCUACAUUGUUGGGGUCAGAUUUAGGGUACUUAGGAGGUGCCAAGCUGUUGUGGCUGUGUAUGGUUCAUUCCACAUGCUACGGAGGCUCCUGUUU